UAAUUGACAUUUCCUCAAUUAGAUCGUUUCGCUGUAGAGGGAGAAAUUUUAGAGAGAGAAAUAGAGAUUUUACAGAGAGAGCAUAGCCAUAGCAGAGAAAGAGUGAGUGAGAGAGAGAGAGAGAGAGAAGACCCGUUGUUGUGACUUAUGUGUGUGCGUUAGUAACGCUAUAUUGGCUAUGGAUUCUUUGGACCCUCUAGAGAUUGCCUAUCAGAUCCGUUACAAUUCCUUUGAGGGUCUCUUGUGAAUAUUUUGUUGGCGCAGUUUUAACCCAUACGCUCUACCAAUUUACAAUAGCAUUUCGGUUCUGUAUAUCAUCUUCUGAUUCUCCUUCUUGCCCUAUUAUAGAUAUUUUUUUCUUUUGGGUUCUCGCAUGGUUCGAAUUCCUUUGACGAUACAGAUAUCAGAAGUUGUUGGUGACGAUGGUGGAGCUUCGAUUCUGGUAAUUGAAUCUGAUUGAUUGGUUUGGUUUGAUAAUCUGGUCAAUUUUGGCAAUGAUGAGACGCAGGGAACGGACCCUGAGAGAGCUUUACGGUGUCACUGAUUUGCUUACGCAACCGGAGGCAUAUCACGCCAGUCCUAAAAGGGAGUUGCCGCAUACAAGGACCUGUGGAUGAAGCGGACCUUGACAUUCAGACGAAUACGGUGAGACAUCAUUGACUAACGUGGUAUCAUAUCAAACUGAGAAAAGAUUUGGUAGGCAUUUUCUGAGUGAGAACAUACGAAUGAAGGUUGAAUCUGGGACAUGUAAUGUGUGCUCAGCGCCCUGCUCAUCAUGUAUGCAUUUUAACCGAGCUGUCUCCUUCAUGGCAUCAAAAACUGAGGAUGAGUUUUCAGAUGAAACAUGUCGAGGAAAGGCAGCUAGUCGUUGUUCUUUUAAUGAUGCCGGUAUUCUACCUUCUUUUAAGAGCAGAUCAUGCAAUGACCAGCAACCUACAGCCAGUGAAACUAGUAACUUGCUCUCUGCCAGUUCAAGUCAUGAUUCAUUUUCUGAAAAUGCUGAAAGUAAAAUGGCUUUGAGAACAUUUGAUGCAUCUGAAGAUUUUGAGAUGCUUCCAAAAUACCCGUCAGAUGGAAUGAAUGGUCAAGAUCAGCCUAUUUCCAAAACUGUUUCUGGUCAGAGAACUAUAAUUUCAGCUGACAGUCAUACUGCAUCUAAUUUAGAUCAGGGAACUUUCUCAAAUCAGUAUCAGGAGCACAAAGGUUUCGACUGCAAUGGCGAUAAUGUUUCAUGUGUUAGUGGAGCUAAUGAUGCAGAUGUGCCAAAUGGUCAUCACAUUGUGGACAUGGACAGAAAGAAUGUAUCAUGUAGUUCAGCUUCAGUUUGUAGCUUUCAUCCGGGAGGUGGAGAAAAGAAGGUUGAUGUUCACACUGCAGGUGGUCUCAAUGAUUUUCCUAGUGAAAUGGAAGAGAGCCACAGUAACUCUAGGAGACCAGGUAUACUCUUCAAAGAAUUACAAAAGAACAGUCCUGUCAUUGCAGCUACUCUGGUUUUUCCUAAUAAAACAGAUUCAUCAGAGUUUCCUUCCUCAAAAGAUGUCUGCGCUAGCAAUUGUUCACCAAAACUACAGACUCCAUAUUCUCCUUCUCAUGGUGGUAAGGCAGUCUUUUGUAAUGCAGAUACCAAGGAUCUAGAAGAUAACUCCUGUUCACACCUCCGAGGAGAACCUUCUGAGUCUUUGACGGAACAUGCAGAGUCGUCAUUGGAUAGAGUGGUAAUGAGUGGUGAUAUUACUGGCCAGGAAACAACUGCAUUUAACUCUGCUGACGUUCAUUCGAAAUUGGAAAAGAGCAAACCUAGCCUUGUCAGAAGUGCUUCUUCAGCUUCAGUGAAGGUCCAUCCAUGCUUGGAAGCCGAGGGUGCUACUGAUUGUGGGGAUCCAGAAACUGAAGCUGUGAAAUGCUCAGAACAAAAUGGGCAAGAUGAGAAGUCCCGUGCCUCACAUCAGGUAGCUGAUACACAUGGCCCAUCAGCUCAGUCUCAGCCCCUUGAUGAGAGUGAUGGAUCUGAUAUUUUGGAGGAUGAUGUAAAAGUCUGUGAUAUCUGUGGGGAUGCAGGUCGUGAGGAAAUGCUUGCUUUUUGUAGUAGGUGCAGUGAUGGGGCGGAACACAUUUAUUGCAUGCGGAUGAGGCUGGAUAAAGUUCCAGAAGGUGAUUGGCUAUGUGAAGAAUGCAAGCUCAAAGAGGACGCUGAAAUAGCAGAACAGGAUAAGUUGGAAACAGCAUCUGGUACCUCAAAAUCGUCAUGCUUGAAUGGAAAAGAUCACUCUGGAGUUACAGGUGCAGUCACCUCUAAGCUUCUUCCAAAAUUAGAUGUCACUACAGGUGCAGUCAGUUCUAAGCUUCUUCCAAAAUUGGAUGUCAAAGAAGCAAAGUUGGAUGUCAAAGAAACAGAUGCUGAGGGAACCAAAAUUAGCUCAAGUCACCUUCUGCCUGCUAAGCGUCAAUCAGACAAUAAUGAAAUUGCUUCAGCUGCAAAAAGGCAGGCUCUUGAAAUAAGUGUUGGAUCACCAACAGCCUCCAGCCCUGGAAGAAAAUCUGUUCUGUCUCGAGAGAGUUCAUUCAAGAAUUUGGAUAAAGGAAAGAUUAAGCCAUCCCAGCUAAUCCCUUUGUCUGGUAACCAUACUGCUAAUAAUUCUCAGGAUACUGCGGACUCUCCUACAACAUCCAGUCAGAAAUCUUCAAGGAUCCAAUCAAGACUUCAGUUGCCUCAGGGAGCUCUGUUAAAGUCAAAAUCAUUCAGCACUUCAAGUGCAAAACCAAAAGUAAAGUUGAUGCAGGAUGAUGUCCCUCCAAAGCAAAAACUGGCCGAGGUUGCUGCAAAUGACUCAAAAAAGGAUGGAAUUGUCAAAACACUGAGCAAAUCUAUGUCCUUCAAGACUACUUUAACCGGCCGCUCAAAUGCAACUGAAGCAAAAGUCAAAAUGCUUCCUUCCAAUUUCAACCGAACCGAGGAUAUGAGAGGAAUUAAACAAGCAAAAGAACAUAAUUUGGUUGAAAGGAGGAGUUCAUUUAAGUUGGAUCGCCCUCUUGGCUGUUCACCAACUGCUCUUUCCAGUGUGCAUAAUGCAAAGGCUGAUAAAAAGACUCCAUCUCGUGCUGAAACUAUGCCAUCGCAUUCCUCUGCCAGCAACUACCGUGAUUCAAAGGCUGUUCAACCUGAUGGAAAGUUGAAUGCUUCCAUGAAAACAUUGAGUCUUCAUGGAAAUAGAGGAGCAGAGUCUCCACAUGCUUUGGCUGGAUCUAGUGAAGGCAAGAAGCAGACCUCAUCUUCAUCCAGUGUGCUUGGUGCUCCAUCUUUUAAUGGAAGGGGAACUUCUGUUGAACUAAAGCCAAGACAAGUUAUCCCCAAGGAAGAACCUUUGUCAUGUUCUACCUGGAAUGGUGAUAAAUCUGGCAGCAAACCUGAUGCAAUUAUGCAAGAUGGCUUGCAUCUAUCUCGGGAGUCUACAAACCAGGAAGUAAGAGCUAGGGAGCUUCCUGUCAGUCGCUCAAAGCCAGUUGGUGGUCAAAAAGUACGGUGUAACAAAUGUAAAGAAAUAGGCCACACAGCACAGUUUUGCCCCCUUGGCAGCCCUCGGGUUUCUGUUCUGGAAGCUUCUCCAAGAAGUUCAAGGGAGCUGAUGAGUAGAAGUAAUAAACUGAAAGAGGCUGUUGAAGCUGCUGUAUUGAAAAAACCUGGAUUAUACAAAAAGAACAAAUUGCAUGAUCAAUCUGAUGAGUUAUCCAUGUCAAGUGCUGACUUGAGCAGCAAAGCAGUUCCUAGAGACCAGUUAUCUACUUCAAGCUGCUUGAGGAAUUUGAACUCUGGAGAAGGUAAACAUGAUGGGCCAGAGAUUAUGGGGAGCCCUUCUGCUGACUCAAGUAAAACCACUAGCGCCAAUGAUGUGAAGCAGCAUUUAGUACCCCCAAAGGAGGAAUUACACAUUUCCAAAGCAGCAGCUCUGGAUGCUGCCACUACUUCGGUUGGGAAUAAAAUGAUGCCCUUCAUUAGAGAGUCACAUGGUCUAGCUUCUGCAGGGGUUGCUCCAUCACAGUUUUCAGCUAUUCCAGAGCACGAUUACAUAUGGCAUGGUGGUUUUGAGGUGCAGAGGAGUGGGAUGCUUUCGGAAAUCUGUGAUGGGAUUCAAGCACAUUUAUCAACUCGAGCAUCUCCCAAAGUUAUUGAGGUAGUGAACAAGUUUCCUUCUGAAGUCCAGAUGGAAGAGGUACCUCGUCUGAGUACAUGGCCAGUACAAUUUCAGGAACACCCUGCCACAGAGGAUAACAUUGCUCUUUACUUCUUUGCCAAAGAUCUUGAGAGCUAUGAGAGGAGCUACAAGAGCUUGCUGAAUAAUAUGAUUAAGAAUGAUCUAGCUCUCAAAGGAAACUUGGAUGGCAUUGAACUUCUGGUUUUCCCUUCAAGCCAGCUAGCAGAGAAAUCCCAACGUUGGAACAUGUUAUUUUUCUUAUGGGGUGUUUUUAAGGGAAAGAGGGUCAGUUGCCUGAAGCGCUUACCUGGCUGUGAAAAGAAGCUUUCUCAAGCCAGUUCAGAUGUCGUUCCUGUAGAUCAAGAUUCAUCAGAUCAUAUCAUGCCUAUAUCUCAGAUAAAUUGUUUGUCUGGUCAAAUGGAUGAGUUUUUAUCCUCACACAACCGAUCAUCUGGUGCACAAGAAGCCAAAUCCACUCUCUCUUUGGAAUUACCAUUUUCUGGAGUGGAUUUGAACUGUGAGGCGAAAGUAUGUUCUCCUGAGCAGGAGUCUUUAGUUUUGAAGAAAGAUUAUGAUGAGCACGACAGUGGUCUCAGCACCACUCCAAUGUCAAGGGUUCAAAGUGAAGUCCAAUUCACUGAAGUGAAAAGAAAUGGCUCGCUACUGGUAGAGCAAAUAGAUCUAGAAAGAAAACCAGAGGUAGAGGUUGAACCAGUACAAUUAAAUAGACAGAAUGGCUCCUUCAAAAAAUGUAAAAUGGUGCCUACAGGCCCUAACAAGUGGGAUAGUUCAAUUGAUGGACAAGAUACUCUCUCUCCAUCAAAGACGCUUCCCAUCAAUACACCUUUGGCUCAAGGUGUUGGUGCCAGGAACAUGGGCAAUGAGAAAAUCCAGGAUGGAAUAAAUAAUUGCAGUGGAGAUCAAGUGCGAGUUCAGAAUGAAGUGAAGUAUGUGGGAAUAGUGGACUUGGAAACUGCUUGCGAGGAAAAGACACUGAGGGACCCAGUGGAGAAGGAAGGCAAUAGUUGGGAGUCCAUUAACAGGAAACGGCCUUAUUCAGACUAUGCACAGAUGGUCUCACCAGCUUCUGGUGAAAUCUCAACUGCCAGAAAUCUAGCAAUUCCAUGGGAAAAAAAUACGGAUUGUAUAGUGGUUGGUGAAGACAGUGAUAAUAAGAAGAUGAAGCAGUGUUCCAGAGAACCAUUUGUUGGUAGCAAUUCUAAGGAUCAAAGUUCUUCAGGUGAUAGUUUUGCAUCCCAUAUGCAUGGGUUAAAUCCCAAUUUACCUGUCAAGGAGCAGAGAUGCGGUGGAGCCUAUGAGGAGGUUGUGAUGAUGCCUGAGAACCUAAUAGCUACCGAAAAACAUUUUUUUCCCAUGAAUUUUGGUCCUGUACCAGACGAGGGUCGACUUGGGUCAGAAGUCCCUAAUCUUGAGCUUGCUUUAGGGCGGCCAAAACAGGGAAGACUGGCUCUGUUUGGGCAGACAAUCUGUGAGAAAAAUAAUGACAGGCUUCUAGAACCACUGACAAAAAAGAAAGAAGAUGACGAAAAUGGGGACACUGCAGCUUCUCUUGCACUUUCUCUUGCUUUCCCCGUCUCUGAAAAGGAUCAGAUUGUGAGACCUGUUUCUAGGACAGAACAGCUUUUGCCUGAAAGGCACCAACUGAACACUUCGUGGCUUCUCUUUGGUAGCUUUCCUGAUACUUAGAGAUCUUGCAAGCAGACUGUAAAUUAUGACCCCACUUCGGUGCUCCCAGUAUAUACCAGGAUCAGCAAGGUCCAAAGUUGAUCUUUGGGAUCAAUCAGUGAACCCCCACACAUCUGUUCAUAGCAUCACAAAAGUCCUGUAUUAUUUUUUUUCUUCCUUUACUUGUACUUUGGUUUCGGCUGUAUGUAUAUAAAGAGAAUGAAAGCCAGCCAAGUCUCUAAACGCCAGGCGGGGCAUUGCAAACGGAUGUCUGUAAGUUGGGAUUCCUCUUUUUUCGCUUAUUCCUUAUCCUGCCCCACUAGUUUACAAUCAAGAAUAUAAACAUUCUCCAGAUGCUGAA